AUAGAAAUUUACAAACAAUCAACCCAGAAUGUGAUUGAAUAGAAAAAUAUAAAAAAACUUAUAGUAGUAUUAAUUUGAGUCAAGUCAAACGAGCUUCCGAAGCAAACAAACAAGGCUGAUCAGGAGACAGCUGAAGAAGAAGAAAGAAAAGCUGCAAACAGAUCUCAUCUCUCUUUUCUGCUGACCUCCUUUGUAUUCUUAUGCCUUCUCUGCUUUGGGUGCCUCUUUUCUUAGGAUUCUACUUCGAUUGAGAUACUUUUGGACCUACACAGCACUCAUCAUUCAUUUCUGGACCCAGAGAGAGAGAGAUGGGAAUUUGUUUCAGUAAUGCGUCUCAUAAUCAGAGCCCUUGUACCACUGGCCAUUUCAGUUCAGGCAUAUCACAGACGACCAGCAACACGACAUCCUCAACUGUGAGCAACGUCUCCGGGAAAAGCCAAUUCUCAGCAGCCAGUGGAUCGGUCGAUGAGGUUUAUCCGAAUGGGGAAAUAUUACCCCACUCCAGUUUACGCAUGUUUUCUUUUACCGAACUCAAGGCCGCCACCAGAAAUUUUAGAAAUGAUACGGUGCUGGGAGAAGGCGGUUUUGGGAAAGUUUACAAGGGUUGGCUUGAUGAGAGGGCUUCUGGCAAGAGUGGUAGCGGCACUGUAAUUGCUGUUAAGAAAUUGAAUUCUGAAAGCUUACAAGGGUUGGAAGAGUGGCAGUCUGAGGUGAAUUUUCUUGGAAGACUUUCUCAUCCUAACCUGGUCAAACUCUUGGGAUACUGCUGGGAAGAUAAAGAGCUAUUGCUUGUCUAUGAGUUUAUGCAAAAGGGCAGCUUGGAGAACCAUCUCUUUGGAAGGGGCUCUGCUGCUCAGCCACUUCCAUGGAACGUAAGGCUUAAAAUUGUGAUUGGCGCAGCCCGGGGCUUGGCCUUCCUACAUGCAUCGGAGAAGCAAGUCAUUUACAGAGACUUCAAGGCUUCAAAUAUAUUACUUGAUGGCUCUUACAAUGCGAAGAUAUCAGAUUUUGGCUUGGCAAAACUAGGUCCGUCGGCUAGUCAAUCACAUGUGACUACACGGGUCAUGGGAACGCAUGGUUAUGCUGCUCCUGAGUAUGUUGCAACAGGACACUUAUACGUAAAGAGCGACGUCUAUGGUUUUGGUGUUGUUUUAGUGGAAAUGCUAACAGGUCUACGGGCAUUAGACACAAACCGCCCAAGCCACCAGCAUAAUCUGGUUGAAUGGAUUAAGCCACAUUUAUCUGAUAGAAGGAAGUUGAAGGACAAGAUGGAUUCACGGCUGGAAGGGAAAUAUCCAUCCAGAGCUGCAGUACAAAUAGCACAACUGGCACUGUCAUGUCUUGGACCUGAACCUAAAACCAGACCAUCAAUGAAAGAAGUAGUGGAGAAACUAGAACAGAUUGAGGCUGCCAAUGAAAGACUCAAGGAGCCUAGAGUAAGUUCCAGACAUCAGACUGCUUAUAGAUAUGGUCAGCAACCUUUGCACCAUCGUUCUCCACUUCAUCCAAGGCACGAUGUAAAUCGAGCCUAUCCACUCCCAAGAAGAGCAUACUGAAUAUGAUACUUUCUAUUUACACAACAAUUUGAAGAAGUUAUGAUAACUUAGUUGUCCAAGUAGAAACAUUUUCUUCUUCUUCUUUUGUCGCCUGGCCUCUUCAGAGCCAUUGUAUGUUUAGUUGGUCUUUAGUCUGCGCUUGUGAGGUGAAGUGGUAAGGCUCUGUAUGGUGUUGGGUUGUAAUUGUUUUAGCGAUAUGUAAAGAGGUCGUUAUUUUGUAGAUUGAAGGAGAUUCAGAUUUUGAGUCAGACUUGUUACUAUCUUA